AUGGAUGUGUUUGUACUCUACCAGCAGAUGAAAGAAGGAACAGGUGACAGAUCCAAGCAGAACUCGUUUGGAUUACAAAAAAAAAAAACUCCAUACACCCCAACACUAAGUGAACUGAUUAUAGAGAAUAUUGGGCAACCGUUAAAGUGUGAUGCUGAGUUUACAGUGACCAUCAAGUAUUAUUUUGUUGGAGACACUGUUGAAGAAUUCAAUACUGUCAUUGUCUAUAUAGUCUUGUCCAGAGGAGUGAUUGUUCAUCAUGGAUCUGAGAAGGUUGAAGUGAAGUCUUCUAAUGGAGCAGCAAGUGACACAGUGUCGUUCAAACUGUCUGUUGGUGCAGAUCUGGCUCCUGCAGUGCAGAUUCUGGCCUACUGUGUUCUGCCCAUUGAAAAUGUUGUUGCUCGUAGCAGAGAUUUUACAACUGAGAAAUGUUUCAAAAACAAGGUUUCCCUGCAGUUUUCUCCUGCUAAAGCAGUUCCUGGUGAGAAAAACACUCUCCAGCUCUCAGCUCAGCCUGGUUCACUGUGCGGCCUCAGUGCUGUAGGUCAGAGCGUCCUGAUCAUGGAGUCAGGAAAACGUCUGGAUACUGACAAGGUCUUUAACCUGCUGUCAGUACAGGUAGUAUCAGGUUACCCUUAUAAUGCUGUGGAUGCACCAGAGUGCCUGGAAGUUAGACCUCGUCGGGCUAUGUCACCAGACCGUGUUUAUAACAGCUUGAGGAACGUGGGAUUGAAGAUGGCAACAAAUUUGCCUGUGAGACAAUCUUUUUGUCUGAGAUACUAUGGCGUAAUUUAUCACAAAAGUUUUCACUUUAGGUACGUUUACUUGAAAUUUAGGAUUGCCUACAAACAUAAUUUAGAAGGAUCUGCUCAACCACCGGUCGAGACAGUUCGUACCUUUUUCCCAGAAACAUGGAUCUGGCAGCUCACUGAAGUGGGGGACUCUGGAUCAGCUCAGGUUCCUGUCACGGUUCCUGACACCAUCACCUCUUGGGAGACGGAGGCCUUCUGGCUGUCCUCCAAAGGUCUGGGUCUGGCUCCUCCUGCUCAGCUGACAGUUUUCCAGCCCUUCUUCCUGGAGCUCUCUCUGCCUUACUCCAUCAUUCGUGGGGAGAUCUUUGAGCUGAAGGCCACUGUCUUUAACUAUCUGUCCAAGUGCAUCAUGGUUAAAGUGACUCCAGCUGCUUCCUCAGACUACACUCUCAAAGACUCUGCCGAUGAUCAGUAUUCAUCCUGUCUGUGUGCUAAUGGAAGAAAAACCUUUAAAUGGAUCCUCACUCCUUCUGUUCUUGGAGUCUUGAAUAUUACAGUCAGUGCAGAGGCAGAGGCGUCCCAGACUGUGUGUGACAAUGAGAUUGUGAGCGUGCCAGAGAGAGGAUGCAUUGACACAGUUACACGAAGUCUACUUCUGCAGGCUAAAGGAACUGAAAAGACAGAGACCUACAGCUGGUUACUGUGUCCAAAGGGUUUUCUCUCAGAGGAAGUGAAUCUGACUCUUCCUAAAGAUGUGAUAGAGGGAUCAGCCAACUCCUCUGUUUCAGUCAUUGGAGACAUAUUGGGUCGUGCACUGAGGAAUCUUAACGGAUUAUUACGGAUGCCGUACGGCUGUGGAGAACAAAAUAUGGCUGUUCUUUCUCCCAAUAUUUACAUUCUGCAGUAUCCGGAAAACACGGAGCAGCUCACCUCAGCCAUCCGAGAGAGAGCCACCGGCUUCCUUAAGAGCAGAUACCAGAGACAACUGAACUACAGACAUAACAGUGGUGCAUACAGCACAUUUGGACACGGUGAUGAGAAUACAUGGUAA